UAGGAGUAAAUCAAGGGGCAGUUUGAGGGAGGCUGACUCAGCUAAAGUACUUAUGUCCUGCUUGCAUUAAACGAUUCCACCUCAGAUUUGCAGAACUCCCAUGUUGCUUAAAUAGUUAAAUGUUGUCUUCCCACCUUACUUCCCUCUGUACUCCAUUGAGAGAGAGAGAAAGAGCUGAGGGGAGAAAAAAGCAAGCCAGAGAGAUAUCUUCAUUGCUUCUAUAACAAAUUACAUUCGCAAAUUCAAUUUGUGAAGGAGUAUACUUUGAGAAGUCUUGCAGACAUGGGUGAGGAGAACAAAGAGGAGAAGAAGGAGGAAGCCAAGAAAGAAGGCAAAGAAGAGAAGGAGGAAGAGAAGAAAGAGGAGAAGAAGGAAGAGGAGCCUCAGGAGAUUGUGCUCAAGGUGGAUAUGCAUUGUGAGGCUUGUGCUAGGAAAGUUGCCAGAGCCUUGAAGGGAUUUCAAGGGGUGGAGGAUGUAACCACAGACAGUAAGGCCAGCAAGGUGGUGGUGAAGGGAAAAACAGCAGACCCCAUAAAGGUUUGUGAGAGGAUUCAAAAGAAAAGUGGCAGAAAAGUGGAGUUAAUCUCUCCUUUGCCCAAGCCUCCAGAGGAGAACAAAGAGGAACCCAAAGAAGCCAAGGAGGAAGAGAAGAAAGAGGAGCCACCUCCAGUUAUAACAGCAGUGUUGAAAGUUUACAUGCAUUGUGAAGCAUGCGCUCAAGUUUUACAGAGGCGAAUCCGGAAGUUCCCAGGUGUAGAGUCAGUGACAACAGAUGUCGCAAAUGACCAAGCAAUUGUCAAAGGCAUAAUCGAGCCUGCAAAGUUGGUUGAUUAUGUGAACAAGAAAACCAGAAAGCAAGCCUAUAUAGUGAAGGAUGAAGAAAAAAAGGAAGAAGAGAAGAAAGAAGAGAAGAAGGAAGGGCAAGAAGGAGAAAAGAAAGAUGAAGAAGAAGGCAAAGGGGAAGAUGAUAAGAAGACCGAUGUCAAGCGAAGUGAAUAUUGGCCUACAAAGGACUACUUGGAGUUUGCUUCUUAUCCCCCUCAAUAUUUCAGUGAUGAGAACCCAAAUGCUUGCUCUGUUAUGUAACCGAUCACGGUGUACUUAUAAUGUACUCUAGUCAGCUACCUAUGCAAUUUUCUAUGUACUUAUAUAUGUAAUAAGACAAUGGUGCUUAUCGAAUCGAGGGUUCGAGAGUUUGUGCCUA